AUGCCUCAAGCUCCCAGCGAGCUCAACACCUCCCCGAAGCCGCUCGAUGCAUCCAAUCUCAAAUUCACCCGCUCCACCGUGUUAACUCCAGUGCCAGAACCGGGAUCAGCAGAGCAAUGGGCGCAAAAUGUCUGCUGCGACCACAUGGUAACCUGUCGAUGGACCGCCCAAGGGGGUUGGGAAGCACCUGAGCUGAAGCCGUUUGGCGACAUGACCAUCUCCCCUGCAGCCUCUUGUCUCCACUACGCAACCCAAUGCUUUGAGGGCAUGAAGGUUUACCGUGGGUUCGAUGGAAAGCUGAGACUCUUCAGGCCUGAUCGCAAUGCCAAGCGCCUGGUAAUGAGCUCAAAGCGGGUUUCGCUCCCGGGCUUCGACGAUAAGGAGUUGGUGAAACUCAUCAUGGCACUAAUGCGAGUAGAUGGACCACGAUGGCUUCCAAAGGACGAGCCCGGAAAGUUCCUAUAUAUUCGCCCAGCGAUGAUUGGAAACGGUCGGCAAAUCGGCGUGCAGAUCCCUCAGGAAGCUACUUUGUUUAUCAUUGCCAUCGCCUGGCCUGACUUUUCCUCCGAGUCUCCGCCUGGUGCCUUGCCGAGACCACCUGGCCUCCGUCUUCUAACAUCAGAGAACGGAGAAGCCAGAGCCUGGCCCGGAGGCUUUGGUUAUGCCAAAGUGGGUGCAAACUACGGGCCGAGUUUCGUGGCUCUCGGAGAUUGUCGACAGAGGGGCUACGACCAAAUCUUGUGGGUUCUUGGCGACGAUUGCCAAGUCACGGAAGCCGGCGCCAGUAACUUUUUUGCCGUUGUUAAGAAUACAGAAACGGGCCGACCGGAGCUUCUUACGGCACCCUUAACUGACAAAAUCAUUCUUGAGGGCGUGACUAGACAGUCUGUCCUUGAUCUGGCCCGAUCGAGGUUGACCAAGGAGCUAGCGGUUGUGGAGAAGAAGUUCACCAUGUACGAACUUGAAAGGGCAUGGGACGAGGGUCGGGUCCUGGAGGCAUUUGUUUCCGGAACCGCGUUCUUCAUCUCUCCUGUUUCUGUUAUCCAUUUUGGAGGUCGAGAUUUAGAUAUUCCCCUGACCAAAGGCGCAGACCCUACAUAUGCGACGUUGAUGAAAGGCUGGCUAAAGGAUAUCAUGUAUGGAGUCGAACCUCACGAGUGGGGUGUCGUUGUUGAGGAAGAGGCUAAAUUCUUGCCCCUAAGUGAUGCGUUCACGAGGUAG